UCUCUCCCUUGUUUGCUUCUUGUUUGUUCUUAUUCUCUUUUCCCUCUUAGGUGCAAUGGUGUAUUGCUUAUACAUUGGUUUCUGGUAUUUCAUUAUCAUAUUUCUGAUUGUCAUCACUGUUUGAGCUCUGCUCAUCUAUCGUUGGCUCACUGGAUUUGCACAUUGCCUUUCGGUUGUCCUGAAAUUGAUCAGUGAAUGAUCGAAUUUGAUGAGUGCUUUGUUUGUAAAGUCACUCUACGGGAUUUGACAUUGGUGUGUUGUUGGUAUUAACUGUUCUGGGAAGAGAAUUCGCGUCACGCAUGGAACGGAAUAUAUGGUUGCUUUUGCUUUUUACUGCGCGCUAAAGCACGUUGCUGUUUAUACCGUACGAUGCCAGGAUUAGCUAUGCAUGAAUUAGAGGUGAAUGGUACAGCAAACGAACGAAAUGGGAAUUAUGGUCCUCACAAGGAAAAUUUUACUCAGCAAGAAUCUCCAAGAACUCCAUUGAGUCCAAGGAGUAUUCAGAGCGAUUCAAUUGAUUUGGCCAUCGAUGGGGUGGUGGGCACCUCCAUAGAGCAAUUGUAUCACAAUGUGUGUGAAAUGCAGAGCUCUGAUCAGUCGCCCUCCAGAGCUAGCUUUUACUCAUAUGGUGCAGAAUCCAGGAUUGAUUCAGAAUUGUGCCAUCUCGUUGGAAAUAUUACAGAUUCAGAGAUCACGAAGGAGGUGGUCACGGAGAGUAAAGAAAAUUGCAAUACUGUUGGGUCAACUCCAGAGAAAGAUAUUGCGCCAGGCGGCAAGAAGUCUACAAAGACGGACAAGAACCAAACAGAAAGUCCAGGGGUUGAAGGGUCAGCCAAAUCAACUCUAAAAAGCAAAAAUUUGCGUGAGAAGCCACUAAUGGACAAGAAGAAUGAGAAGAGUACCAGAAAACCAUAUUCUUUUUACAACAUGAGGAAGCAGAGGAACCUUGGUACCCUUGGCGCAAGGUUACAAGAAGGGAUUGAGGAUCAUGCUGCUGCUACUGCUGGGCUAGAUAACCCAGACCUUGGACCAUUUUUACUCAAGCAGACAAGAGAUAUGAUCUCUUCAGGUGAGAAUCCCCAGAAGGCUCUUGAUUUGGCUCUUCGAGCUGUGAAAUCAUUUGAGAUAUGUGCAAAUGGGAAGCCUAAUCUAGAAAUGGUCAUGUGUUUGCACAUCUUGGCGACGAUAUACUGCAAUAUGGGGCAAUACAAUGAGGCUAUUCCUGUUCUUGAACGAUCCAUUGAGAUUCCUGUUUUAGAAGAUGGCCAAGGGCAUGCACUAGCUAAGUUUGCAGGGUGCAUGCAAUUGGGUGACACUUACGCAAUGAUGGGCCAGAUUGAGAAUUCAAUCCUUCUAUACACAGCAGGUCUGGAAAUCCAAAGGCAAGUCUUGGGAGAAACAGACCCCAGAUUUGGUGAGACGUGUCGUUAUGUGGCUGAGGCGCAUGUUCAAGCAUUGCAGUUUGAUGAGGCCGAGAAGCUGUGUCAGAUGGCUCUUGACAUUCACAGGGGAAGUGGUUCUCCUGCUUCUCCAGAAGAAGCAGCGGAUAGGAGACUCAUGGGGCUUAUCUGCGAUUCAAAGGGUGAUUUUGAAUCUGCUCUUGAGCAUUAUGUUUUAGCAAGCAUGGCCAUGGCAGCGAAUGGGCAGGAAGUAGAAGUGGCUUCUGUGGAUUGCAGCAUUGGCGAUGCCUAUCUGUCUUUGGCACGCUAUGAUGAGGCAGUAUUUUCCUAUCAGAAAGCCCUUACAGUGUUCAAGUCAGCCAAAGGAGAGAAUCACCCAACAGUAGCUUCAGUUUAUGUCCGAUUAGCCGAUUUAUACAACAAAAUAGGGAAGUUCAAGGAAUCAAAAUCUUACUGCGAAAAUGCAUUGAGAAUUUUUGGGAAGCCGACUCCAGGGUUCCCCUCUGAAGAGAUCGCAAGUGGCUUAAUUGAUGUUGCAGCCACCUAUCAGUCAAUGAAUGAUGUGGAGCAGGGUCUGAAGUUACUCAAAAAGGCCUUGAAGAUGUAUGGUAACUCCCCAGGUCAACAGAGCACUAUUGCCGGAAUUGAGGCCCAAAUGGGGGUGAUGUAUUACAUGAUGGGAAACUAUUCUGAUUCUUACAACAUUUUCAAAAGUGCUAUUGCCAAGUUCCGUGCCAGUGGGGAGAAGAAAUCUGCUUUGUUCGGGAUUGCUUUGAACCAAAUGGGUCUAACCUGCGUGCAGCGGUACGCAAUAAAUGAAGCAGCAGAUUUGUUUGAGGAGGCCAAAGGUAUUUUGGAAAAAGAAUAUGGUCCAUAUCACCAUGACACCUUAGGAGUUUAUAGCAAUCUAGCAGGCACUUACGAUGCAAUGGGCAGGGUGGAUGAUGCCAUUGGAAUUCUGGAAUACGUUGUCAGCAUGAGAGAAGAAAAGCUUGGAACAGCAAAUCCUGAUGUGCAUGAUGAGAAGCAUAGGUUGGCUGAGUUGUUGAAGGAAGCAGGCAGGGCUCGAAACACAAAAUCUAGAAGAUCCCUUGAAACUCUCCUUGAUGUUAACCCUCAGAUUAUAGAAAAUAACGGCAUCAAAGUUAUCUAAAGUCUUAAAUGGACAUAAUAUACAACGAGAUUAGUUGGUGUGCUUUGUGUUGUCAUUGUUUGAAAAUAUGAGUAAAACAAUAAAAUGUAGUAAAAAGAUAACAAAGAAAAAGUGGGCGUAGGUCCCACUUCCUAGUAGUCUAUCAUUUUAUUGCUCAAAGAUCUCCGGAGAAGGUGCUUUUGUAAAUCUAUUUUCUAUAGAAUAGAGGAGAGUUCUCAUUCAUUCAAUAUCCUCCUUUUCUACUCAAUUUAUGAUUGUUGAAAUGUCAAUUUUCCAAGUGAACAAACGUAUGAUCAAACUUAAUUUUCUCUGUUGGUACA